UAAAUAUAUUGGGUCACAAAAUUCGCAGCAUUUCGCAAUUUAUUUUAAACCAGUAGGAAAAAUUUUCAAACCCAAUCCGUCGAGAGUGAAGGGUUCAGAACCUAGUAAGGAGUUUUCGCCUAUAUGAAUAAUCGAUACCUUUGUCAAUAAUUAUCACAAUGGAAUUAUCAACCAUAUUUGUCGGCUUUAGUACCAUACUAGCAAUUUAUGUAUAUUAUUAUCCAGCCAAAGCUGCGUAUCUUUUCAAAUUUUUCGUGUUUUUGGCCAUGGGAAGUUGUGGAAGUUUUGUUACAAUUCUCGUCUCCCUAAUUUGUGGACCGGGCCGAUGCACCAAUAUUUUAUACAUCAUCCCCUAUGCUCAAUGGACUUCUCGUAUGUUAGGAGUUCAAUGGGUUAUUCAAGGGGAGGAACAUCUAAUUUCAGUAAAGGACCGAUCUUGCGUCAUUACGCCAAAUCAUCAAACCAUGCUUGACUUUUUGGCAUGUAUGUGCGAACUCUGGCCAAAAUUUGGUCGGUGCGUUACCUUAGCAAAAAGAUCAGUAUUGUGGAUGUUUCCACUUGGACCUGCGGCAUAUCUUGUUGGAACGUACUUUAUCGAUCGUAAUUAUUCCGCAAGAUCGAGUGCAACGAUAGAACAAUUAGCGAAACAAAUGAAGGAAGAAGAAAACAAGGUCAUUGUUUACCCAGAAGGGUCACGGAAUUCAGGACAAGAAUUUCUCCCAUUUAAAAAAGGAGCAUUUCACAUCGCACUAAGAAAUAAGAUCCCCAUUCUCCCAAUUGUAAUUGGACCGUACAGAUUCCUUAGUGAUAACCCUUUUCGAUUUGGGACAGGAAGGGUUCAUGUCACCAUAUUACCUCCAGUUGACACCAGCCAGUAUAAAAAUGUAGACGUGGUAAAACUUUUGGAUCAUGUUAGGCAUCAGAUGAAAGAAGAGUUUGAAAAAUUGCGAAAACUUGAUGAUGAAUAAAGAAAAUAAAGUAAUUGCAUAUUUCGCAAUUUUAAAAAUUUA